AUGGAUAUUGCACAAAUUCCUACCAACUUGCUCGUAAGCAACAGCACGUCGAUUAUCCAUCCCAUCAUGCAUGCUCUGAGCUCUGUUCUCCUCCUAGGCAGUUGUGCCUUCCAAGCCGUGCUUGGUAGACCGGAAUCGGACUUGUUCAAGGCCAGACGUCAGACCGAGCUCCUCAGAAGAGAUGUCGACAGCUUCGUAGCCACCGAGGAACCCAUUGCUUUGGAACAGAUCCUCUGCAACAUUGGUCCCAGUGGCUGCCACGCCUCCGGAGUUGGCUCUGGCCUUUUGAUUGCCUCUCCGUCUCGUUCUGACCCGGACUACUUCUUUCACUGGACGCGAGAUGCUGCCUUGACGUUCAAGGCACUUGUCGACCGCUUCGUCAACCAUAUGAAUUCUGUCUACUCGUAUGCUGGCCUUGGAUAUAAUAUUGCCGGACAAGCUCGCCUUCAGACCGUUUCCAACCCCUCGGGAUCCUUGUCCGAUGGCACUGGCCUGGCUGAGCCCAAGUAUAACACUGAUUUCAGUGCCUUCACUGGAGCUUGGGGGCGCCCACAACGUGACGGGCCAGCUCUACGUGCAACUACCUUGAUCACUUACGCCAAUUGGCUAGUCGAUAACGGUUACGAAUCUACUGCUACCAGUGUGGUCUGGCCCAUUGUCCGCAACGACUUGGCCUACGUUGCCCAGUACUGGAACCAGACUGGAUUUGACCUGUGGGAGGAGGUCCAGGGCAGCUCAUUUUUUACAAUCGCCGCCUCACACCGAGCCCUGGUUGAUGGAAGCAACUUUGCGGCCAAAAUUGGCCAGUCGUGCACUGCUUGCGAUGCCAUCGCCCCCCAGAUUCUCUGCUUCCAGCAGUCCUUCUGGUCGUCAGGUGGCUACAUCAACUCCAACAUCAACGUGAACAACGGAAGAUCCGGCAAGGAUGCCAACUCCGUUCUCACCUCCAUUUCUAACUUUGAUCCUUCGCUUGGCUGUGACUCUGCUACUUUCCAGCCUUGCAGUGAGCGUGCUCUGGCAAAUCACAAGGUCUAUGUCGACGCCUUCCGUUCAAUCUAUACUCUCAACUCUGGAAAGCCAUCUGGUGGUGCUGUUGCAGUUGGAAGAUACCCAGAGGACAGCUACUACAACGGGAACCCAUGGUACUUGAACACCUUGGCCGCAGCUGAGCAGCUCUAUGAUGCUUUGUAUGUAUGGGAACAGCAAGGCUCGAUCACAGUAACCUCAACCUCCUUGGCUUUCUUCAAGGCAUUGUACUCAUCCGCCGCUGCUGGCACAUACGCGUCCGGUUCCUCAACAUACACCGCACUCCACGAUGCCGUUCUCAACUAUGCCGAAGGCUUUGUCAACAAUGUCGCCACCUAUGCCGCCAGCAACGGUUCGCUCGCGGAGCAGUACGAUAGAAAUAAUGGUACACCCCUCUCGGCCAGGGACCUGACCUGGUCCUACGCUGCAUUCCUUACGGCCGUUGCUCGCCGCUCUGGUGUCGUCCCCGAGGGCUGGGCUCAGGGCAACAAACUUGCCACUUCGGUGCCUGGAGGCUGUGCUGCCACGUCGAUCGUCGGAAGCUACUCGGCCGCUACAGCUACGUCUUUCCCCGCCAACCAGACGCCUGGUACGGGUGUGCCUACCACGACGGUGAAGCCAACGACGACAAGGGCGACAACCACCGCCACUGCCUGUGCCACGCAGACUGCUGUCAGUGUCUCUUUCACUGUCCGAAAGGUGACUAACUUCGGUCAAACUGUCAAGAUUGUUGGCAGCAUCCCGGCUCUUGGGAGCUGGGAUACCAGCAAGGCUGUGGCCUUCUCGGCCUCUAGCUAUACCUCCUCGAAUCCUAUCUGGACUGGAAGCGUCACGCUUCCGGCGGGUACAGCUAUUCAGUACAAGUACAUCGUCGUUAACACUGAUGGAAGCGUCACCUGGGAGGCAGACCCUAACCGCAGCCUCACCAUUGCGGCGUCCUGCUCAUCCACCUCCUCACGAUCCGACACCUGGCAGUAA